AUGGCUGCUGCUGCGUUGACCGAAGAGCAAAGGGCGCAAUACAAGGAGGUUUUCGACCUUUUUGACAAGGAUGGAACAGGUGACAUCACCGCUCAGGAGCUCGGAGAGGUCAUGAGGUCCCUGGGUCUCAACCCCAGCGACACGGAGCUGAACGACAUGGUCAACGAGGUUGAUGCCGAUAACAACGGCACGAUUGACUUUAAUGGUGUGUUUGUCCUUUGUCUGACACUGGCUCAGCCACUUAGUGUUCGUGAAACAAACAUGGAGAUGACAAUGCUGACGCAAGCACCAGAGUUUCUCAACCUGAUGGCGCAAAAGGUGCAGGUUGGCGAUGCCGAGGAGGAGCUCAAGAACGCGUUCAAGGUGUUUGACCGCGACGGUAGCGGCACAAUUUCCGCCGAGGAGCUGCGCCAUGUCCUGACUUCGCUGGGCGAGAACAUGACCAAGGCCGAGAUUGACGAGAUGAUUCAAAUGGCCGACAAGAACGGCGACGGGUCGAUUGAUUAUGAUGAGUUUGCCUCGAUUAUGAUGAAGGAGUAA